AUGCCAACCCUCCAACCCGACCCCGAAGAUCCCCGGCCAUCGCGCUCCUGCUGCGGCGGCCUCUCACUCGCGGAGCUGAGCCGCCCGGUCGAGGUAAACGACUCAUCCAUCAGUAACGUAUUCUGGAGCUGGCCAAUCCUCGGCCCGCUGCUUGUCGAGAAUGAGAGCAGUGACACGCGUGAUCAUUGCGCCAAUGAGCGAACCUUCCUAUCCUACCUACGGCUUUCCGUCUACAUGGCUAUCGUCGCUAUCGCCAUUGUUCUGUCCUUCCACCUUAAAUCUCAGCCCUCAGCCCUUGAGCUGCGCAUGGCCCAACCACUCGGCGUCGUCUUCUGGCUGCUCUCUCUGGCUUGCUUGAUUCUCGGGUUCGGUAAUUAUAUUAAGACUCUGGAUAAGUAUAGUAGGAAAGUGGCCAUAGUCCAGACGGGCUGGAGGACGCAAUCGAUUAUGUCGCUUAUCGCAUUGUCUAUCGUAGGCACCUGCGUUAUACUGUUGGUAAUAACUAAAGCACAGGCAGAGGAAUAA